AUGCGUGCGGUGUGGAUUUUGAUUGCUACAGCAGUAGCUACAACUGUAGCUGUACCCGUUAAUGAGAUUUCACUUGCUGAAAAAAUCGCUAUAGCAGGGGAUCACACGAGGAACAGUUUCCUAGAAGAGUUGCUGCUAGGUCUGAUUGAAGAUUUGAGACAUGUUUUACUAAAUGGGAACGAUGAUUUGCCUCCGUUAGAUCCACUGGUCAUCGAACAGUUGUCAUUAAGCGACGAAGACAUUCCUGUACCCGGGGCUCAAAUAGAACUAUCAGGUGUAAAAGUAUCGAACCUGGCAAGUUUCGUCAUAGAUGAUCUCUCCGUCUCUCUGACUUCUGUGUUACUGCAGAGGUUCCGAAUUCAAAUCGACGGAAGAAUACCUUUCUUGGAUAUAGAUGCAGUCUAUGAUGCAUCAUUGGAGGAUUCAUCGGGGAAGCAGUUGUUGAGUCGCGAAGAUACUCCUGACAAUCAUCCAUUAGCUGCUGUAUAUCUACACAACUGUUUUUGUUUGUGCCUUGUGAAAAACGAUCGCUAUGACAUUAAUGUAUCGGCUAUGGGAAUCAACCUAUUCGGAGCAGGAGACGCCAAAAUCAAAGUUAUUAAUCCUGCACUGAAAAUCGACAUGUUGGUGUCCCUGAGGGUCAGCAUUAGUCAGGGUGUGAGCCUUGUGCUGUUGGAGACUGAAGCCAAAUUUAAUUUGGAGGCAUUCCAACCAGAGAUAACAGGCAUUUUCAAUGAUGACGGAGCUAGUGCCUUCAUAAAUGAUUUCCUGGCUCACUUCGUUCCAUCUGCAGCGCAAGCUUAUGAGAAUGAAAUUAAUGAAUUCCUCAGCGAAACAAUACAUGACAUCGUGAGCGAUGUUUUCGACAAUCUAGAUUUGUGA